AUGGCUUGGCAGAACAAACAAAAUCGAUUACUGUUUCUCUUUGAAUAUACAACAGUCAAAUAUGUGGGCACGCAGAAUAAGAAAAUCGGACUUCUGUACAGAAUAUUUCAACUCACUAUCAUGGGAUAUCUCAUUGGAUGGGUAUUUUUGAAAAACAAAGGAUACCAGGUAAAAGAUGAUACUCUCGAGAGUUCUGUGGUAACUAAAGCUAAAGGAGUUGCACGUGUCAACACAACGGAUUCAAAUUUGUGGGGACCAGAGGACUAUGUUUUCCCCAACCAGGGUGAGAACUUUCUUUCUAUAGCAACCAAUUUCAUCGAGACACCAAACCAAAAAUUAGGCAACUGUUCAGAGAACCCAGAAGUACCAAAUAACACAUGCUCUAAGGAUGAAGAAUGCACAGUGGGAGAGGCUGUUAGGGCUGGAAACGGAAUUAAAACUGGCAUUUGUCUGGAAACACACAAUGGCACUUGUGAAAUAUAUGGCUGGUGUCCCACUGAAAUACACAGGGAUCCAGACCCAGCCACCAUUGUGAGAGAAGCUGAAAACUUCACUUUGUACAUAAGAAACUUCAUCAGAUUUUCCCAGCUCAACUUCUCAACAUCAAAUGUUCCGAAGGAAAACAGAUCAUUGUAUUUAAAAAACUGCUUGUAUGAUGAAACUGUUUGCCCAUACUGUCCUAUAUUUCGCCUGGGAGAUAUUGUGAACAAAACUGGAAAUAAGUUUGAAGAAAUGGCUCUAAAGGGUGGUUCAAUUGGGGUUCUGAUUGAGUGGCUCUGUGACCUUGAUGUAGACUCAGAAUGUCGUCCUCACUACAGCUUUGUACGUCUGGGCAAAUUGUCAGAAAAAAUCGGAUUUGACUUCAGAUUUGCUCGCUAUUUCACUGAUGUUGCAGGAGACAGGCGAAGAAUAUUUUACAAAGUUUUUGGAAUUCAUUUGGAAAUCAUGGUGUUUGGAAUGGCAAGAAAAUUUUGUAUUAUUCCUACGAUUGUCAACAUAGCCUCUGCUCUGACUUUAAUGGCUGCUGGUUCUUACAUCUGUGACAUUAUGCUACUGUACGUGAUGAAGAAGAGGAGUGUUUACACAGAGUCGAAGCUUGAGAGAAUGACAACGUAUGUAACAGAAGCAUGUUUGCUAGAAAUGCUACUGUGCUGUGUACUUUGAUUUAAGAAUAAAUAUAA